CCGAGUCCAGUCUGAGCUACCCUCAUCUUCUGUGAUAUGUGCUCAUCAUGUCCAGUUUCAGCUACCGCCGGGGCACAAACCGUUGUCAAGACAGUCGUUUCGUUCGACACGCCCAACCAAUAACGGUGCCACCAGCUGAGGUUUGGCACAGUGUUCUUCCACAUGACCAGGCGGCCGGUCCUGGUCACACCGGGGCCCUGAUGCUACGUGAGAUUCGAGCAAAGUGCCCAGGGGCCAGAGCCCAGGCGUGUGGGCUGCCAGCGCCCGCGUGCGCACCGUACCACUGGUUCCAGGCUUCCAGCACCAGCGACUGGGACAUGACUGGGCUGUCAGCGAGAAGCGGUGCACUGUACGGCACGGUUGGGCUGGGCCCUCCAGCGCGCACAGUACCCACCUCGGCACAGUGCGAUUCCCGCAGCCGAAGGCGGAAAGAUACCGUGAGCGGGUCACUCCAGGGACUGGAGCUGGAGUCCAGGGAUCGAAGGCUCCAAUGGAACCUCAACCAGGUCAGUGGGUGGCCCGUGUGUCACAGUUCUCCCCCCCGUUCAGUUGGUCCAGUUGGUCCAUCCACCCACCCACGGGCGGCCCAAUGCCUGGAGUCCCCGUCCCUCCGUGUGUGCAGAGCACUCCGUUCAUGUCACUCACAACUCCAGUCACUCACUUGCUUUGGCGGUGGUCGCUCCAGUCUCUCCAUUCGAUCCUUCCUCAACCCUCAUCACAGCCUUUUGGGAGCGACUGGAACUCCCAGUCAACGGACGCGGGACUCGAGGCGCAGGGCAUCUAUCUGGAUUAUCACGACCUCCCUCCAAAAUUCCUGGCUCAGCCUCGACAUCUUUUUGUCUUGCUCCGUUUGCUGGUGGACGGACGAAUUUCCGAGGACAAGAACGACGACGACGACGACCACCACCACCACCAUCACCGCGCCUCAUUGAACGCAUCGCCCUUUGAGACAAGGCGGACCAUUGCCCAUCUCGAAGCAACCUCCGAGACCCAGCGCUUCGUCGCAUCGCAAGAUUCCAGGUUAGUGCGUGCCGGUCGUCCCUUGCCAUCCCAAGAACCUGGGGGGCCUCAUUCCUCGACCCCAUUCCCGCGAGGUU